AUGCCGUUCAAGCCAGUCGAGCACCCGAAAUGCCCAAAAUGCGGGAAAUCGGUUUACGCAGCUGAAGAGAUGGUCGCUGGUGGAUACAAAUGGCACAAAUUUUGCUUCAAAUGCACAAUGUGUAACAAGUUGCUGGACUCGAUGACGUGUUGCGAGCACGCGGCUGAGCUCUACUGUCGACAGUGUCAUUGUCGUCGUUGGGGUCCUAAAGGAAUCGGCUUCGGAAUUGGUGGUGGUACACUCACAAUGGACACUGGAGAGCAAUUCGGAAACAAGGAAGUCGAUAUGACGUCAGUUGAUUCGAGAUUUGUUUUGUGUGUUUUAUAU